UCUCUCUCUCUCUCUACAGGUGCUACUCCAAAAUAUUCUAAUGGCGGUCAACGGAAGGCUAAGUCGUUGAAAUACAAAAGCUACGGACACCGAGUUCUCCGCAGCGGCGAAAAUGGUAAUACAGCAGAAUAUAAACGGAAACCAAAACUCACACACACUAAAGCUAAAAGCAGUGCUAUUACGGAUUGGUUUCCUCUCUCUUUGUAAGGGAGGAUGGGCAAUGACCGGAAGAUCUUCUCAGUCAAUGCUAACGAUUACCAGCUCCUUGAGGAGGUCGGCCAUGGCGCCAGCGCCAUCGUUUACAAGGCGAUCUAUAUCCCUUCCAACGAACUUGUCGCUGUCAAGUGUUUAGAUCUCGAUCGCUGCAACAGCAAUCUUGAUGACAUACGAAAGGAGGCUCAGACUAUGUGUUUAAUAGAUAAUCCGAAUGUAAUAAAGGCAUACUGUUCAUUUGUUGUUGAACAAAAUCUCUGGGUGGUUAUGGCGUUCAUGGCAGAGGGUUCUUGCCUGCACCUUAUGAAGGUUGCAUAUCCUGAUGGUUUUGAAGAGUCCGUAAUUGGUACUAUCCUUAAAGAAACACUUAAGGCUUUGGAGUACCUCCAUCGACAUGGACAUAUCCACCGUGACAUCAAGGCUGGAAAUAUCCUUCUUGAUAGUAAUGGUAUGGUUAAACUUGGUGAUUUUGGAGUUUCAGCUUGCAUGUUUGACCAGGGUGACAGGCAGCGUUCAAGAAAUACUUUUGUAGGGACACCAUGCUGGAUGGCUCCAGAGGUUUUGCAGCCAGGAAGUGGGUAUGAUUUCAAAGCUGACAUUUGGUCAUUUGGAAUAACUGCACUGGAGUUAGCUCACGGUCAUGCUCCCUUUUCAAAAUACCCUCCUAUGAAGGUUCUCCUGAUGACCAUCCAGAAUGCUCCUCCUGGACUUGAUUACGACCGUGACAAAAAGUUUUCCAAGUCCUUUAAAGAAAUGGUUUCCAUGUGCUUGGUGAAAGAUCAAACGAGGAGGCCAACAGCAGAAAAGUUAUUGAAACACCCUUUUUUCAAGAAUGCAAAGCCUCCGGAGCUUUCUAUUAAAAGUCUAUUAACUGGCUUGCCACCAUUUUCGGAACGUGUAAAAACCCUCCAGCUUAAGGAUGCUGCACAAUUAGCUCUCAAGAAAAUGCCUUCAGCCGAACAAGAAGCACUAUCACAGAGUGAGUACAAACGAGGUGUUAGUGCGUGGAAAUUUGAUAUUGAAGAUUUGAAAGCCCAAGCAUCACUGGAAGAAGAUGAAGAAAGCAUGAGAUCAUGUGUCAAUAAUAAGGAUGCAUAUGCUUCCAGUUUUUGUGUGGGGAAAUCAACUUCUAUGGCUGAUAUUGAUGGCCGAGAGAGUAUAAAUGGUUCUGAAUUGUCACAGGCUGAGGCCCUGAGGGCAAAUGGAGAGAAAUCACAAAGUGAUAUUAUUGAUUCUGGAGGGCAGGAAAACCUUGAAGGACAUGAGAAAGAUGGAUUGGGCAAUGAGGCAAUAUCAUCAACCUCAGAAAAGAACAUCCUGUUAACACAUUCUCAGAGUCAAACAGGCAGAAACAGCCAAACUCAAAGUGGGCCACCCAUGCCUGCAAUGGUGCUUGAUCAUUCAUCAUCAGAAAGGGGGUGUACUAAUGAAAGGUUUGAGAAUGAGAAUCAAUCAGCAAAUGGGAAAGGCAAACACGAAAUAAGGAAGGCACCUAGUUUUAGUGGUCCACUGAUGCUACCAAACCGAGCUUCUGCAAAUAGCUUCUCAGCUCCCAUAAGAUCUUCGGGUGGAUGGAGAGAUUCUGUGGAUGAGAAGUCAAAGGCCAAUGUGGUACAAAUAAAAGGCCGGUUCUCAGUAACAUCUGAAACCAUGGACCUUGUAAAGGAUAUUCCAUUAGGUUCAGUUUCACGAAGAUGUACACAGGAAUCACCUCUAAAGAAGUCUGCUAGUGUUGGUGACUGGCCAGACGAUUGUAAACAUAUGCCUAGCAAUCAACCACCUAAGGAAGUAAGCAACAGAGCAGUACCUGCAUCAAUUCUCAUGCCUCACCUUCAAAACCUUUUUCAGCAGACCACGUUCCAACAAGGUCUGAUCGUGAAUUUGUUGAAUGACUUGCAACAAACUGAGGCAGUGGAUGCUUUUCAAACUGGAAAGUUGCCACCGCAACCUUGCAACUUGGAGAUUGAUGCAAGUGUUGAAACAAUUGCGUCUGAAAGGGAACAGUUAUUGCUUAUGAAAAUUUCAGAGCUUGAAGCCAGGUUAGAUCAUAUUGUGAAUCAAGUAACUGGGAUGAUUAAUCUAAAUGAUGAGGUAUCUGAGGCAAGGUUGAAACAUCUACAGCUGAAGGUGAACUUUUAUGGAUUUAAGAUCAGCACUGCUUUUCAGAGCUCAAUCUUAGAAGAUGAAAAAAACAUGUGCUUAAUUGACUGUAGCAGAGAUAAUGAUCUUGAGAUGGAUGAUUGGGCAAUAUUGUUGCAACAACAGCUAAAUAUUGCAUAUGGCUGGGAAGAAGAAAGGAACACAGUGGGGGAAAGGGACAGCUUAAAAAGGGAAAAAUCAGAAUUGUAA